AUGAACUUCCGCAAAAUAUCAAUAACUAUUUUGACCAAGGCUUGUUCUGCAUGGAUACAAGACUCGUUCCUAAGGCGAUUCAGGCAUACGAAAAAACUACGCAUCAAGCAUGAACCACUAAGUUUGAUCAUACCUCAGUUUGAAACUCCGUUACCUCCAGUGCAACCUGCAGUAUUUCCUCCAAACUUUCGUGAACCUGGUCCUCCAUCAUUAGAAUUGUUUGAUCUGGAUGAACAGUUUUCUACGCCUAAAGCACGUUUAGCACAAGUGACUAAUAAAUGUAAUGAAGAAGACUUAGAAUACUAUGUUCGUGAAUGUGGGGAUAUUUUAGGCGUAUCACAAAAAUUACCGACAGAUAAACGAACAUCCCGUAUUAUUUUAGAGGUAAUCUUCAAUGAAUUGGUUGAAUUUAAAAAACUUAAUCAAGGUAUUGAUGAAACUGGUGACUGUACAAAAAUGACCAGUAUAACACAAUUUCGUAUACUAUCCUUCUGUACCGAAAGUUAA